GAGCAGGCUGGGCAGAUCUUGGCUGAGCACAGACAGUCCGGACCUGAAUGGAGCCUCUGGUGGAGGAUCUCAGCCAGCUGGCAGCCAUUUUGGAAUCUGACAGUGACUCCGAUUCGGAGAAAGAUGAAGAAGCCGAGGAAGCGGCUGCUUGUCAGGAAAGGGAUGAAGCCAAGAAAAAGCUAGCCGAAUUUGAGUAUGCUUCGCAGGCUUUGCUCGCUGAGCUGUCCACCCUGGAAGCAGAGUAUGAAAUCGAAAAGUCGUGCCGAGAACAGGCAGAAGCCUACGCAGCCCAGGUGAACCAGGCGAGCUGGUGGACAUGGCAAGGCGUCUAA